CACCUCUUCUUGCACGCCUUUUUUCUCCCUUUCUUUUCUCCCCCAUCUUUCCCCCUCAUGCAAUAACUUUUACUUGAAAUAGCCAGCGAUUCUCAAUUAACCCGCUCAGAGAAGGGAUUCUCUCUUUUUUUUCUACAGCUUCCGGGAAAGUCGUGCCUGUAGCCCGCUUAAGCUCUCACCAGACAAGAUGCCUGACCUCAACACCGUCCCAGCUUCCCCCCACGGGCUUGCUGGAUCUCGUCGUGGAUCAACGCAUGUCCCAGCAAAUUCGGAGAAUAUCUUGCCAUCGAACCAAUCUGCAGUCCAUCCGGCAAAUGACACCACUGCAGUAUCUUCCUCGUUGCCAUCCCCUCAGCUGCCCGCAGCACAGCCCGUUCAGCAGGUCGCUGAUUCUGGGCCAGGUCCACUGAGACACCCCAGGCCACUCACAGCGUCUGAAUUACAUAUGCAGCUCGAGAAGGAGCAGGAAGCUGUGGUAAACCGCUUGACGAGAGAAUUGUCCCUUCUACGGGCUGCGCACAACGCCUCUGUUGCAUCCAACGCCUCUUCGACAUCCGCCAGUACCUCGACACAUGACCCCGCCGCCGACAGCUCGCUACUCUCUGGUACGGCCUUUACAAUUCCCAGCGGCCGACGACACAAUCGAACGCCAUCCACCGCCUCCCAGACACACUCUGCUCAGCUAGGCACUUCGUACGAGAGCAGGGUCGGUCGUCUGGAAGCUGCGGCGCACCGUAGCGCCCAAGGCCAUGUCCCGCCCAGCAUUGAUCCGUCGAGCUAUUUCCAUCAACAGAGAGUCCCACCAUCUGCAAGCUCCGUCGUGGCCACUCCGAGCGUGGGAGAUCAGCUAAGCCCAGGUCUGAUGCCCGCAACAGUCCGCUAUGAAGAGACGGCGCACUAUAGAAGCGAACUGGAGACUGCCAAGCGCGAAAAUGAAGCUCUGAAGCGCCGAAUCCGUGAGCUGGAGCUGAUGGUGAGAAGCAAGAGCCGCGACAAUAGUAGAGCUCGAAGUGACAGUGUGAGCACCACGGCUAGUGCAAGCGUAGCAGCAGGCGGUGGUUCAAGCAUCGCUGGUCCGCGAGAUCCGUCUGUUAGAGGUGAUAGAGGCCGAAACCUCGCUCGGCAGAGCAUUGCGAGUGUGGGUGUUGGCGUCCCCGAUGAAGAGCUCAACGUUGGCGAAAGUGCCGCCAGUGCUGGGUUGAAGACGGAAGAAUGAGUUUCUCUAAACUUUUGCUGCUAUACAAAAGCAUUGUUUUAUUUAGGAGUUUGUUAUGAAGGAGUCCGAAUUGCAGCGCGUGAUUGGGCUUCGAGUUAAUUUGCUAGGUUUGGCGUUUGCAGCGAAUGGGCCAUAUUGCUUUGCUAUUUAAUACAACACUGAUUGCUCAUCACACUUUCCACAUGCUAGUUUGCAUCUUCCACAUAUUUGCCACUACUUUCAUAGCUUAUCAGCUAAGCAAACCACACUUAUCCCGUACAGCUGUACUACCACUUAUAAUAGACCCAUUCCGGGACAACGUAUCUCUUUCGAGACUGUCUAUCCAACGCGGCCAGCCUCUCGCGCCAGCUAGGCUCUUCUGCAUUAUCGAGGUGGCUAAUUCCGGCCAUGACCUCUUC